CCUUUCGCGCGCUUCACUCAUCAUGCAAUGGAAACUGUGCGUCCGUGAACUCCGAAGUGGUGCUUCAUCCCUGACUCUUCUUGUUUUCUUUUCGCGUCACAGAUUUAUUUGAGCUCUGCAAAGAUCCGAGAACUAUCGAAGAGAUUCUGUGGCCAAUGUGACGGCUCUUGUAACAUGCUUGUGCGCCACGGAAAUUCCGAUAUUUUAUCCAGCGUUUUCUCCUGUUUUUGCCAUCGCGCGAUAUGAUAACAAUGCAGAGAAAGUGCGCGGUGACCUACAGCGCAGCGCACGGGCGAUGUUAACGCUGUCACCUUGCCACCUUGUUCCCACAGCUUCUUGACUUUUCCAGUGGAGUAUAAUUUGAGGUUUUCAUGAACUUGUGAAUGCACAGAAGGCGGCUGUUGGGAAGCAACUGAACCGUCCAGCUGCCCACGCUACCGCUGGGUCGCUCAGCGCAUCCUUGCCCACUUAAGAAAACAGCGAGCAACUAAAGGGGCAAGACGGUCCUUGUUUUUCGAGAAUAUAUUUGCCCAAUCCUUGCUGGUGUGCUCUGGAUAGACCUGGAGCUAUUUCAAGCUUCCUGUUUCUCGGGAUAUAUAACAUUAGAAUGUUAGCAUCAAUAACAUCUGGAGUAAGGUGUAUAACUUAAGGUUAUCAUUACGCUCGAGCGUCGACAUUUGUUGGAACGUAUAAAUGGACGAAUACCAGGAAGACUGAUUCGGAAUUGUUGUCGGGGAAAAUGUGGCUAAAACGGUGUGUCACACGCAGUUCCAUGGAUGCUUGGAGACCUGGGGGAAUGCUGGGAUGUAGAAUGUGGAUCCUCUUCAUCCUUGUCCAUAUUACAUUGGAUCUGUCUCUGUGUGCACCAGUAGGCCAGGGGCUCAUGCUCAAAAUACUGCCCAGAACAGUGCCCUACCGGCAGCCACACCCUCUGCCCAUUCGGGACAUGCUCAAUGGCCAGCACAUGAGGACUCUGGGCACCUUGCAUCGUGGUUUUUCCCCUCCUUUGCCAUUACAGCUGGGGGGCACCACCUUAUGGGGGCAAAGGAACCGCCGGUCUCUCCAGAAACAACAACUUUGCGCAGAGUGCAAAUUGACCCCCUCCGACAAAGGGAAGUCGGUUGCAUUACCAGACGGGAGUAAAUCUGAUUUAAAUCUGCAUUUAUCUCGCUCACAGAGGCAGCUGAAAGGGGAUGCCUAUGACUCCCUGGAGGGGAGGACCACCACAGUGGCAGGAUUUAUUGACUGGGGCCCCACAGGGGUCGAUGAGGGACUUGAAGUGGACGCAAGGGUGACCCCCAACACCACAGUCACCUCAAUAACACCCUCCACCACCACAGUUGGUGUAACUAGCACUACUACGUGGAGCCCCCAAAGGACGUAUGCGGUGAUUACAACCACGCAUCCUAAAAGGCACAGCACCACACAGCCAAGCGCUAACUCCAGAGUGACUGCCAAACCACAGAAACCUUUUGGGGACACACCAGGUCUGGCUGUUCACCAGAUCAUCACCAUCACUGUGUCCCUCAUCAUGAUCGUCGCAGCCUUGAUCACUACUCUAGUCCUUAAAAACUGUUGUGCGCAGUCCGGGGAUGGCCGACACAGCAGCCACCAGAGAAAGAUCAACCAGCAGGAGGAGAGCUGUCAGAACCUAACCGACUUCACGCCUGCCCGCGUGCCCAGUAAGGUGGACAUCUUCACUGCCUACAACGACAGUUUACAGUGCUCGCACGAGUGUGUGCGGGCCGGCAUACCAGUGUACACGGAUGAGAUGAUCCAGCACACGCCAAUCUACAAGACCUCUUAUAAUGGAAAAAGACCGUCGCCAACUGAAAGGCAGCUAAUCCCUGUGGCCUUUGUGUCUGAGAAAUGGUUUGAGAUCUCCUGUUGAGGCCCUUUUACUACCUUUGGGUUGAGCCUACGUCUUCAAUUUGUGUCCUGGAUCCCAUUGGAAAACCUGUGAAUCAAGCAUAAGAACAAGACUAAAACACAAUAAAGCUAAACAAAACCGCAACAACAACAAACAAGCAAUUACAGAGAUGGAAACAGAGAUGAACAAGUAGUUUUGUGCAAAUGUUUGAUCUCUCUAGAAAUGGACUGAAGAUGUUUAUUUUUCUAGACUGAUUACAGUGCUAUGGAUGCCACUCCCAGAUUAUUUUCCAUGGACAUGUGGUCAUUUAGAGAUGAUAUACCUAGAGCUGAUAUAUUAUAUACAUACAUAACUGCACAUGUGAGUGUGCUGGAGUGGAAUUCGGCUGCCGAGAGUUUGAGAAGAUGCUCUCUAUGGUUACGUCUGCUUGUAUGGAGGAAAGACUAUUCUGAACUUUGUGCCAAUAAUGCCAUUAUGUGCCACUACAUAUAUAGAUGGGACACUUUCAGUUUCGUGGAAAAUUAUACAGACACAACAUCAAAUAAUAUUUAGUGACUGUCUCCUAAUAUCAAUCUGUCAUACAUUUUUGUAUAAAAAAGUAUGAAUAUGUAUUUGAAACAUGUUUUGAAAUAGCUGAGGAAAUGUGUUACAAAUGUCCAAAAAAAUAUUUAUAUGGAGCUCUAUUCAAUUAGAUUUUAAAAAAAUUAACCCGUUGAGGAAUAUUCCCAGGUUUUGAUUUCACUACAUUCUUAUAGGCCCCAUUUUAAAGGAAUAAUCUCUAUUUUUAUAUAAACUAGGUUAUUUAUGAGUCAGACAGACCCAAUUCAACUGUAGUUUUGGGACUGUUAAUCUGCAAGCUAGGGUUCCAUGAUGAGUUGAAAGUUUUUUUUUUUUUUAGAAACCUAUUUCACAGAAUUCAGAUUCAGUAUUCAUUCAUAGCUUAUUUGAUUUGCCAAAGCCAUGUUCCCAUGUUUUUUUUUUUUUUUUUUUUGUACGAGUUCACGGGACAUAAUUGAUGAGAAAUUACAGGUUUACGGACUCACAGGCCCUCAGAAGUACAUCAGCUGGUUUAAGGGUCAUGUUUAAAUAACCCUAUAAUGACUGAUUAUUCAUUAAAACAUUACAAAAUAAAUAAUAAACCUCCUCUAAGCUUUCAUUUCAAAGCUUAUUUUGAUAAAUCACCAGACAGUGGUUAAUAGUCUUGUGCAUAGAUUCAAACACAGGACAAAAUGUUUACUUUAUUUUCAUGCCUAGUAAUGGUUCACUGCCAACUUGCUUUAUGUUUACUUACUGUAUAUUUAUUUGCAUAAUGGAAACUAAAUCUGAAACAAAAAUGUUACAUACAUCUAAGGAAAUCAAGGAAUGUACUUUUGGGUGAACUUUUUUUUUAUUUAAUUUUUUUAAUUUUUUUUUAUUAUUAUUUAAGCUAUUAGUUUAUAGUUGUUUAUUAGUUUAUAAGAAUUUAGUUUUUUUGUUUUUCAUAGAUUGUUUCAAUCGAGCAGAACUGACUGAAGAAACAUAAUAUUCUCUAUGAAAUGUUCCUUCACCAGAAAAUGAAAUGUCUAAUGCCAAUCAUUUUAAUAGAAAUCAGCAGUGCAGUAGUUUGCACAAAGCACUAAACUUGCCAAUCAAUUUCUUUUAUUGAUAAAGUCAGUGAGUCGCCAGUCAAUAUAAAUGACACUUUGACUUUGCGCGCGCGUGUGUGUGUGUGUUUGUAUGUGCGUGUGUGUGUCUGAGAUCGCAACACUCCUCAAGCAUUGCCAGACCAAAGAGCUCUGUUGUGGGUAGUAGUAUGUGAACAGACUAGGCCAAUUAUUCUAUACAUGAUAAUGAACGUAGAAUAAGGGACAAGAAAUGUUACUUUAAUAGCCCCAAAUCAUUAAAAACAGAAAUUACAUUGUACAAAACAAAGGCAAACACUGUGAACAAGGAAAGUAGUUGUUUGCAAUUGUCUGUCACUGAAAGUGAAAUUCUUUGGAGUAAAUUUGAUUGUACAUGUACUGUAGGUUGUCAAAUGUGACUCAAAAUAUUUAUAACCACUUUCAUCCUUGGAAGACAGCAAUACAUACGAAGUUACAGAAUGUCAGCAUUAUGGAGGUUUGCUCCAUAAACUGUAAAAUUUUUUUACUGAUUAAUAUGAACUGCGCUGGCCAAUCAUUUAGAAAAAUCUAAUAACCAUGUACUAAAGGAUUACUAAAGCUCUGUAUUAUGUACAUGUGUAAAUGUGUUUUCUAUAUAUUUAAGUCUAUUCUAUCUUGUGUGAUUUUUUUAAGCUCUAUUUUUCAGAGAAUCAGUGGAUACAUUUGAGAAAAAGUUUUUGUUUACAUUGCAUAACUAGCUACAGAUGUUACUGACAGUCAAAUUUACACUUACUUUGUGAACCAAGCCUCAAAACGUUGUUUCAGCUGUUGCUGUGGUUCUCCUGUUAAUUAGGAAAUCCCAGGUCAUUUGCAUUGCAUUUUAAUAAUUAAUGGGAUCACUACAUUAAACAAGGGAACCUGAUGGCUUUCUCAAGUAACUGAGUAAGAAAAAAAAAAAAUCAUGUUCAGUUUUUUUCAGUAUUUCAGUAUUUUUGUCCUGCUUUUUCCAGUAAAAAUAUCUAAAGAUAAAUUUACCUGAAAAGCAAAAUUGUGGAAGACAAAAGGAUUUGUUUUCAGAGAAUAUAUCUUGAAUUAAUUAUUUUUUCUAACCCCAUUUUUUUUUUCUCGAUUUAAGCAUAAUUUUCACUAAAUGUUGCUAGAUUUCUUAAAACAAGAGAAAAACUACAUUAAAGAUAUAUUCUCUUAAAACAAGUUUACCGUAAUAUUGUAUGCAAUUUAGUUCCGCAAGUUAAUUUAUUUUAAGGAUGUUUAGAUAUUUUUACUGAAAAACAAGAUAUUUUGCAGUGUUUACACAUUAUCAUCUAGUAUGGAAGGGUUUUUUAUCCAAAGAAUGUGACAGACAGGCAUCUUCUCCAUCAGGAGAUGAGUCCAAGUAUAUGUUGAAAAAGACUGCUUUAGAUAGGACUUGUGUGACAUACGGUAGAUGUAUUUCUUUUUUGAGUUACAUUAAAAAAGUUCAUCUGUUUAUUAGCAUUUUUCUUUCUAUCAGAGAAUGAAAACGACUCCAAAGUAUCUCAGUCGACAGCUCAAUAAACUAAACGUCAAUUAAAAAAAGCCAAUAAAAACCAAACAGACGCCUGGCCCGUAUGACUGCCAGCACAGGAGGGGAAGAUUUCGUGCUGUGAGUCUGAUAAACAUGUCUGGAGCUUUGAUUGAGUGUGAAAUGUUGAUUUCUUGUUCAGUCUUGACAUAGAGCUCAGAAUCCGUUGAACCAAAAGCAGAAUAAAAGGUUAAUUGACCAUUUUUCUUCUGUGCAUUAUACCUGAAUGUGCUUUUAAUUCAUUCAGUCUAUCUGAACAUUUUCUUUGAAGGAAACAACCAGGUCUGCUCAAUCCAGUGCAAUAUUUUGUUUUCUUAAGAAUGCUUAAAAAUCAGAGCCCUCCUCAUUGUUUGACAUGUAAAUUAUUCACUGCUUAAUUUAAAGGCUUAUUUUGUUGUCAUGUGUUGUAUUAUAAUUUUUUUUUCAUGUGGUACAAUACUCAGGCAUCAUCUAUCUAUUAACAUGUUAAUAUAUAUAUAUAUAUAUAUAUAUAUAUAUAUAUAUAUAUAUAUAUAUAUAUAUAUAAUGAUCUUUGUUUGCCUCGGUUUUGUUUAAUUUUUAAUUUUGUAUUGCACAUUUGCAGUCAUGUUUCACUAUGUCAGGUUUCAUUUGGUGCAGAGCAUACUCCUAAACAUCCCUCCAAAAGCCCAGGCCUGUUGGGAGAGAUUACAUCAAAUUUCUCCUUAUUAACAAAACCAUAUAAACUUAUAGAAACUGGAAAGUCUUUAGUGAUGCUUAGCGAGGAAGUAUACGAGAUGGUCUUUGGCUUUUGAUUUGCUGCAGGUAGAAUUUAUUACAAUGCUCCAUAUUCCAUAUAAAAACAACCUGACACUUGUCCUCUUGUUGCCAUAGAAAUAAAAACUUUGUACUUUG